AUGAGAGCCCUGGCCCAGACCGGCGCCUUCAGAGGCCAGCUCGGAGCGGCAUGUCUGCGUCUGCGCCACCUCUCGACCUCGUCUCCCCUGUCACGACUCCCUCCAAAGGCCACUCAAAGCAAGCCAAAGCCCGUAAAACACAGGCCCACAACACACAAAUCAGUCUCAAAGAAACUGGAAACAAAACUCGCGGAAACAAAGCUCGCGUCUCACUCUCGAGUGGAUUCGGUAAGCUCAUUCAUCAAAAGCUAUGAGGAGAAUUCAUCUCACAGAUACACCCAGCUUAGCCAGGGCCAUGAUCCGAGUGCCAGGUUACGGUUCGACCAUGGCCAGUACAGCGGACGGCAUAAAAUAUUCCGCUCGACUGUUCUCGGUCGCUUUCAGGGCGUGCUCAGCCGCCUUGGGGCCGCACAGUUUGGCGUCACUCUGGGCGAGGAUGAGCUGAGUCGGCAUGCAGCUCUUUUCAUGGACGCCAUCGACCGUGCCUUUGCGUUGGCGGAGAAGGGCGUCACCCGUCGAGACAGGAAUCCUCUGUUCUGGAACCUGCGGGACGCCUUCAUCAACAAGGAUGUCAAAGGCCUGAGCAAGGAGGUCCAGUAUUCAUUCCAGUCCUUCAUCGUUGGCCAGCGGUUCUCCAAGAACAUCAAAGAGAGCCACAAACGUCUCCUGGACUUUCGAUUUCCGCACGAAUGGUUUCCUGCUACUCGGAUGAUGCAGCGCACGAUCCAUGUGCACGUCGGGCCUACCAACUCUGGCAAGACCUACAACGCACUCAAGGCGCUCGAAAACUCCAAGUGUGGAAUAUACGCCGGCCCCCUUCGACUGCUCGCCACGGAGGUGUACCAGCGCUUCAAGGCAAAGAAUAUCCCGUGCGCGCUCAUUACGGGCGAGGAAGUACGCAUCCCCGAAGACGCCGACCAGUACUUUUCGAGCUGCACCGUGGAGAUGAUGCCCCUCAACAGCCGCUUCGACGUCGCCGUCAUCGAUGAGAUUCAGAUGAUUGCCGAUCACGAUCGAGGAAACGCCUGGACGACCGCCGUGCUCGGAGUGCAGGCCAAGGAGGUCCACGUGUGUGGCGAGGAGCGGGCUGUCAAUGUGAUCAAGGCCAUGUGCGCCAGCAUUGGAGACAAGUGCGUCGUUCACCGAUACGAGCGCCUGAGCCCUCUCAAGACGAUGGACAAGGCGCUGAAUGGGGACUACAGUAGUCUGCAGAAGGGAGAUGCCAUUGUGGCAUUCAGCCGUCUUAAUCUUCAUUCGCUGAAGCAGAGGAUUGAGGAAAAGACUGGCAGGCGCUGCGCCAUCAUCUACGGAUCAUUGCCACCAGAAGUCCGUGCCCAGCAGGCUGCCCUCUUCAACGACCCCAAUAAUGACUACGACUUUGUCGUCGCCAGUGAUGCGAUUGGCAUGGGCUUGAACUUGGAGAUCCGGCGCGUGGUGCUCGAAUCGGUUACAAAGUUUGACGGCAGCCAGAAUCGACUGCUGACGUUCCCCGAGAUCAAGCAAAUCGGAGGCCGAGCGGGACGAUAUAGAUCAGCGCAGAACCCCGACGGUUCGACGGACGAGACAGAAAAGGUUGGGCUGGUCACCACUAUGGACAAGGCCGAUCUACGAAGUGUACAACGGGCCUUUCAGAGGACCGUCGACGACAUCGAAGCAGCCUGUAUUCAGCCUCCCGCUGGUAUUGUCGAGCGAUUUGCCUCCUACUUCCCGCCAGACACACCAUUAUCCUACAUUCUCAAGAAGAUCCAAGAGACGGCAACGGUCAGCUCUCUGUACCGGAUCGGCUUGGGUAACGAUAUCCUGGAGAUUGCCGACAUUAUCCAGGACAUCCCUCUCACCAUCCACGAUAGAAUGACCUUUUGUUACCUGCCCGUAGCGCUCCGUGCAGAGAGGGCCGUGGAAGUGCUCCGAGCCCUUGCACGAAUCGUCGCCACCAACUCCAAGGGCGAUCUCCUCGACAUUGAGGAGAUACCGCUAGAGUUCCUCGACAUCAGCUUUGAAGAGUUUGCAGGCACCGGGCAGCAGUACCUGUCGAAGCUGGAGUCGCUGCACGUCGCCGUGAACCAGUACGUGUGGCUGUCGUACCGGUACGCGGGCGUCUUCCGCAGCCAGGCACUUGCCUUCCACGUGCGGACGCUGGUGGAGGAGAAGCUCAUGGAGACGCUUGAGCGCCUGAAUUACAGCGACGAGCAGCUGGAGCACAAGCGCAAGAGCAAGCGCUUGAUGGCCAAGUCGUGGAAUGCCAACAGGACGGCGCUGGGCGAGGACCGCGCGGAGGAGGCGGAGAGGCUUCCUGAUGAGGACCUGGUCGUGGACGAGGUUGUUGAAGAUGGGCAGCAAGAGCUCCGUGCUGCGUCGUGA